AUGUGCAGUUAUAAUCAGUGAGUGCCAAAGAUGCAGGGUGAGGUAACCAUGAAGUCUCUAUACCUUUCUGUGAUACUGGCAAUGUACUGUAGUCAUUACUGGAAUCAGUUUUCAAUCUUAGCCCAAACCAGCCCUGACCAGACUGAGCCUUGCAAAGUUGAACAUGAAGAUCAUUUUGAAGCCAGAGUGCAGUAUUAUGGAAACAACUCCAUUCAAGACCUGGAUAUUCUAGAAAGUAUUGUAGGAGACCUUAUAGCCAAGAGGAUGUUUGCCUCAGAUCAGCAAAGAAAUGAAUCCAAAAGGUUGGGACAGAUUUUGAAAAUUGCUGGACUGAACACUUGCAUCAAUGUGUACAACUACAGACUCUCAACAACUUAUUUUGAACUUGAAGUUCAAGUUAUGAGAUUCAAUGCUGAUCAAAAUGUCAGAACAGCAACACUAUCUGCUCAAGAUCUCGUUGCUGUGGCCUUCUUCUCAUACAACAGCACUGACCCUAAAGGCGUAGGUUUGGACAUGCAGGACAUAAAAAAACCAGAGAUCACAAUAAUCUUUGAUAUAAUCACAGGCAUAAAAAGGGCAAAAUGCCUGAGGAAACCUUGUGAACUAAUCCGUUUUAUCUUCCAAAAUAAUCAGAGAACUAAUGGAUGUAAUGGAUGUGUCAAAUGUGCAUACUUAAAGAGUGGAAUGGACAACAACAGUGCAUCUUUUGAAAAGUGUGACACAGAAAAUUUCAACGAGACCCAUACCGAAUGCAAGUGUAAUCAAGUGUCUGAUUUUGUUGCACUGGCAAAAAUGAGUUGCUGUUCAUCUAUACUAACGGACAUCGGGAUCUUUGUGACAUUGGCAUGUAUGGCCAUCACACUAUUUGCACUGGCAAUCUGUUCAGAGAAAAAAACAGUCAUCUUCCUAAGUCUGUUGCUGGUGGAGCUGUCUGCCCUGACAGGUUUCGAUGUAGUUGGGCAUGUAUUCGGCUUCAGGACGAGUUGA